AGCAUCACUAUAACCUUUGCUCCCUUUCGCUCUUCACUCUGCGCAGCCUUUGGAGCCCCCAAACAAACUCAAUCACCACUGCUACUUCAACUUCUCCCGCCGGCCGAUGCUUCCGGCACCGGUAACCGCCGGUCGAUGCUCCCUCGUUCGCUCCGUCAAUGACUCCCUCCUUAAUAGCCCUAUAUUUCUUUCAAUCUAGAAAGUGAUGGCUUGUUCACUAUCGUUUCUUGUUAUUGUAUUUUCAAGAGACUAGCAUGUAUUCUGUAGCUCUCUUUGGUCAAAGAGUUAUUCAAAGAUUCUCAUAUUUUAGCAGCUUUUCACGGUUUUUAUGUAAUCAACAAUCUAACACUGAUGGCACUGGAAAUGGUUUUGGAAAAAUCGAGGAUUACUUGAACGAGAGCUGGAAGAGUAUGAACUCCGAUAAUAAUAUGAAAGAUAAUGUUGACUUUAUUGGAAUCAACGGCUGCUAUGAAGGCCAUUUCCAACAAAAAUUUUCAAGUAGGCACAACUUUAUUGAGAAAGUGAGAAAUGAGGCUAGUAUGAUUCUUGAAAUUCUUCAACAAGAUGGUCCAGGAUUUGAUGCAAAAGCAGCUUUAGAUAAUUCUCAUAUUACAGUUUCAAGCCUGCUUGUGAGAGAGGUUCUUCUAGGUAUCUUGAAAACAAUAAAUUAUGCAAAUAAAAAUAGGUGUGCAAAGCUGGGGUACAAGUUUUUUGUAUGGUCUGGUCAACAAGAAAAUUACCGACAUACAGCAAAUUCAUACCAUCUGAUAAUGAAGAUUUUUGCAGAGUCUGACGAAUUCAAGGCUAUGUGGAGAUUAGUAGAUGAGAUGAUUGAGAAAGGAUACCCUACAACUGCUAGGACAUUUAAUUUGUUGAUAUGUACUUGUGGAGAGGCAGGUUUGGCUAGAAAAGUAGUAGAGAGGUUUAUUAAGUCAAAGACAUUCAAUUAUAGACCAUUCAGGCAUUCAUUUAAUGCAAUUUUGCAUUCCCUUCUGGGUGUAAAUCAGUACAGGUUAAUUGAGUGGGUGUAUCAACAAAUGUUGGUUGAAGGUCAUAUUCCUGAUAUUUUAACUUAUAACAUUCUGCUAUGCUCGAAAUAUAGGCUGGGAAAGCUGGAUCAGUUUCAUAGAUUAUUAGAUGAAAUGGGUCGGAAUGGGUUUUCACCCGAUUUUUACACAUUUAACAUCCUUCUUCAUGUUCUUGGUAAAGGAGACAAACCGCUAGCAGCAGUCAACCUUCUAAACCACAUGAAAGAAGUUGGUUAUGAACCAAGCAUUCUCCAUUUUACCACUUUGAUUGAUGGGCUAAGUCGGGCCGGUAAUUUGGAUGCAUGCAAAUAUUUCUUUGAAGAGAUGAUUAGGCAAGGCUGUGUGCCUGAUGUUGUGUGUUACACUGUUAUGAUAACAGGAUAUGUUGUGGCUGGGGAACUUGAUAAAGCUCAAGAAUUAUUUACUGACAUGAUCGUCAAUGGGCAGUUGCCAAAUGUGUUUACUUACAAUUCCAUGAUCCGUGGGCUCUGUAUGGCUGAGAAAUUUGAUGAGGCGUGCAUGAUGGUGAAAGAAAUGGAAUUGAGGGGUUGUAAUCCAAAUUUUAUGGUGUAUAGUACUUUAGUCAGUUACUUGAAAAAUGCUGGAAAGCUGUCUAAAGCUCAUGAAGUAAUAAGACAUAUGGUGGAUAAAGGACAGUAUAUCCAUCUCGUUCCAAAGUUCAAAAGAUAUAGAAGAUGUUAAAGAGGUAAUGCUGCCGCUGUUGGUGCUUGCAAUUUGACUGGUGUCAUGAGUUCGCAGGUCCACCUCUCUACAAUCUGCUGCAAAAAAGCAGCAACCAAAGGAAAAGUUGCUCAUGUCAGGGUUCCUAGAAUUUUCGUGGAAUAAGAAGGGUAGAACGUAACGUGCAAGUAUUAUUCAAUAAGGAUCACUGGAUAAGCUGAUUUUGACAUAAAGCAAAGAGAGCCAAGCCACUAUCAAUUAGACAUAACUCACUUUUUGCCUUAAAGCCAUGGAUUCCAGCUUGCAAGCAGCCACUUCUUGAACAUCAAGAGGAUCUAUACUCUUGCUUAUUCCAAAUGCUAGAUGAAGUGUGAAGUGCUCUAGAAAAGAGAAAAGUUAAGCGCUUAACUACUGGAGAUCAGUGUUGAAAUUCCAGCUGAGACGGAAAACUGCUAGGCGACUUCUCCUCAUCUGUCUUAAGCCUUGAAGGGCUGAGUUCUUCAGUACAUAUGCCGGUGGGAUAUAGCCUGUGGAAUAUUCGAGCUAUCAAGAUGCACAAGCUGGCCUGAACACCACCGGUAUCAAGAUAAAAGGGAAAAUGAGAAGAAUAAGGCACUUGAAACCACAAGAGGCUAUAGAGAAUUAGACUCGAAACAAUGCUGGAGGUAAAUUGUAUAGCGGAAACGACAAUCUAAGCGUAGGUCCUCAUCAAUGUGAGCUGUAUAGCGGACUAUUUCUUGGUCAUCCCACGCGAGAAUGUGUCGAAGUGGACUGUUGUAGCCAUAUCUUUGUGUAGUGGUCGAUUGGUUGAAGGAUUAUGAACUAACAAUGGAGCAUGGUUAGGCAAAAUGUAGAGUUUUGUUGUACCUUGUCCUUUCUGAUGAAUUGACCUUGGAAUUUUGUAGAGUAGGAAAAUAAGCAGGUAGCACUAUAGUUUACUACAUAUGUAGAGAGAAGCUAACAUGAGCAGACCCUGAAAAAUGUACUUCUCAUUUCAUUUCAUUGUUUGAACAAAACAUGUAAUCCAAAUCUUUUUCCAUUGUAGUA